CACACUAGGAGACGGUUCGUCUCGAGACGGUCUCAGCGUCUCCCAUUUUCUUCGGGAGACACUGAGACUGUCUCAGGUUUCCAACAACAACAACAGACAACAAAGUUCGUCUCAUAACAAAAAUCGCAGUUCAUGUUGCCUAGUGUGGACUAGGCUUAAGCGUCAGCCGCCGUUUUCCAAAACCGUUUUCUUUGGCUGUGUCUUUUCCCUCGGACGUUUGACGAAAUAAUUUUAAUCGCUCGUUUUGCUUUGCCCAAGCCGAAAAACGGCAGUUUUCUCAACAAUUUACUUCACAAAAUAAUACAUUUUUAUUUCUAUUCUUCAUUACAAGUGUUCUCGGAUGAAAGUGAAUCUAUCGAGAUGCAGUGGCAAUUUGUGAUACCGCGAGUUAAUGCGGAACUCCUUAGUUCCGACAAAAACAAUUACUGCGUCGGUCGCGUUCUCGAUGCCCGGGAAAUCCCCGAUGCUUUGAAAAAUGCUCGUGCACCGAUGAUGGACCCCUAUGGAGUAUUUGAUCAUUUUGAUACAUUCUAUUCGGUUAUCGAUAACGCUCAGCAGCUGUCCGGAGUGAAUCUGGUUCGCGCGUGCGAUCUGUUGUACAUUACGGUAGACCGGUUAGGAACGGCUUUAGCGGAUAUCCUUAGCCGAUCGGAUCUAUCCCAAGACGACCGGUUGCCAGCAUUGAAUGCGGUUAAAAUGUUGAUUUACUUGAUGGCGGGUACCGUCAAGGCAGUUGAUGCUCACGUCAAAUCUGCCAAGGCCGAAUCGGAAGGAUUGUUCAAGGGUAAAGGUGGCGGUAAACGGAAAGAUAAUGAGCAAAUCGAAUGCCUAGAUUGGGACAAUAAACGAUAUCGAUGUGUGGUACAGUUGUACAACUUUUUCCAACUACCUCUCGAGAGACUGUGGGAUCCGCCUGUUUGCGAAGAAUCUUUUGUAGAUGUUAUUUGCGAUAUCUGCUACCGAACAUUGGAGCAAUCUUAUGUGAAGACCCGUAGCGUAGUUGACAGCGUAUUUCAAAUUCUUGGAACGGCAAUCAAACGGUACAAUCACGCGCUCUCAUUCCCCGUGCGGACACUGCAGAUUUUGGAACAAAACGAAGCCUCAAUCGCUCCGAUAGCAGCCGGAGUUAUGCUUCUGUACGAAGAGUUCAACAUUGCGACCAUCUAUCCCGUGCUGAUCAAGGAAUUAAUCGAGCGCCUGGGUAUUGAUGCAGCAGAUGCUCAAACGGCUCGACACUUCAGUCAGUUCUUGGUUGAACUGGGAACACUAGCACCGAAGCUCAUCAUUCCUCAUCUUUCGACUUUGAGCGAGGAAUUGCUCGGGUUAGAAUCGUACGUCGUGCGCAAUUGCGUACUUCAGAUUAUGGGGGAGGCCAUUGUGACGGAACUGACCUCUGAAGAACUUUCCGAUGAGUUGAAAGAGACGCGAGACGAGUUCUUGCAAGAUCUGUUCAACCACACGAUGGAUGUGUCGGCUCACGUACGUUCGAAAGUUUUACAAAUCUGGCUGCACAUUCAGGGCCAAAAUGCCGUUCCACUUAGCUGGCAGCAUCAAGUUUUGGAAAGAGCCGUUGAACGACUAGAAGAUAAAGCGCUACUAGUUCGAAAGAAUGCAAUUGCUCUUAUAAAGGUUUUCUUAGAGCACAACCCGUUUUCAGCAAAGCUAUCACUGGCAGAGUUACGUGCUCAGUAUGAAGAAGCAGAUAAGAAAUUACAAGACAUUCGGAAUCAGAUGGUUGAGCAAGAUUCGGCACUGAAACAAAUUGAGGAGGACUGGGAAGAUCAGAAAGUACAGAUGUAUCCGAUUUUCUCCGAAGUUCUUUCCAAUGAAAACUCUUCUGAGGACAAACCGCCUGAAUCGGAAGGCACAAUGGAAGAUGUGGAAGUAUUGAUGCGAGACAUUGGUAGCAUGAUCGAUGGGCAACGCUACAAAGACUUGAUUCAUUUGGCCAUAAAGGUGGAUUUCGCGAUUGGUAACAGCGAAACACGCAAGGAAUUGAAUGUUGAACAACAAUGUUUGUAUUAUUUGACUGUACUGAAAAACUAUUACGUGAAUUGCCGUCGUGGUAAAAAUCUGAGCGAGGAAUUUCAAAAAAUUGAAAACGAAGUAAACUUUCUUAAAGAUUCAAUAAGAUUUUCCGAGAUAGUAUCGGAUGCUGUUCCGAAGCUGCAGGACAUGCUAAUGUCUAAAUCUCAAUCGGAUGUUUAUGAAGCAAUUGAUUUCUUCACCUCGGCUUAUCUUUUUGGGAUCAAGGGGACUGAAUGUGGAAUGCAACAAAUGUUGUAUUUAGUUUGGUCAUCGGACGCAGAAAAAAGAAGCUCUGUUGCUUCGGCAUAUAAACGUGUUCUUCUUGACGUCGACUUGCAGGGUCGAGCAAAGCACGUAAAGGUCGUUCGUAACCUAUGCCAAUUCAUGAUCAACCUUUCAAUGGGGCACUACACCGCAAUGGAAGUUCUGGUAAAGGAUUGGGUCGAAAGUGGUGAUUUGGAUUCUAAUAUGAUACAAGUGAUGUUUGAGAUUUACACUAAGAAACUUGAUAACGUCAACGAUGCUGAAUCAAGACAAGCUUUACAAUUACUAAUUAUGGUUUCUGCUGCUAAACCAUCUGUGGUUUCAGCAAAUCAAUCAUUGAUCGAAAAAAUAGGAUUCGAAACUCGUGGUCGUAAAGAUUAUCGCAUUUUCACAGCGACCCUCUCAUUACUGAUAAAUUCGAUUCCAAAAUUAAAAGACGGUGUGAAGUACUACAAGCGGUACGACGCGGAUUCGGCAUCAGUGGAAAAAGUUAUCGAGAUUUUCACGAAAUUAUUUUUCAACAGCAAAGUUUCGAACUUUGACAGUAUAGGCACGAAAACGUUUGAUUUUGUUUAUAAAAUGGUCAAUACUCCAGAUCUUGUGAGUCAAAACAUGUUGGUCACGAUCUACGAAAAGCUACAAUCAAUGGCCACGGCAUUAAACAAUCCCAGUACAAGUGAUGAUCAUAGACUUACUCAAUCUUCUCAAAUCUCUGGCUCCACUCAAGACGAACAAAGUCGCUUAUCACAAAUUUCACAAGGCAAACAAUCAAGCGCCACUCUUCCAACGUUUUUGAUCUCAAGAUUUGUACUCAUUAUUGGAUAUGUAGCCAUGCGAGAAAUGAUCUACCUCGAUAUAGAUGUAUACGGAAAUUUGAAAUAUCGCCAGGAAUUGAAAGACGAACUGAAAAAUCAGAAAAAGAAAACUGCAGCCCAAAACAAAACCAAUAAACGGGCCACUGCCAACAUGAGCAUAAACGUAUCUGCCAGUAAUGCUCUAAAACGAUUGUCCGGUACUGGUGGUGCUAAAGAGCAAGAGCAACCCGAAGAAGAAGAACUUCUAAGCGGAGCGACGGCCGAGGAUACAGUAGCCGAAGAAAUCACUUUCAUAUGCGAAACGGAAAUGCUUUACUCCAAAGAAAGUCUGAUAGCCCGUUUCAUCCCCACCAUAAUUGAAGUCUGUAAAUACCCAAAUCGUCACAAGGACGAUUUGCUUCAAAAAUGUACAGUGCUCACACUAAUCCGGCUAAUGUCGGUUUCUUCCAGCUUUUGUGAAACUAACAUGCCAUUCUUAAUGAACAUUCUACAACACACGAAAAAUAAUCAAAUCAAAUGCAACAUCGUUAUCGGCCUUUCGGAUUUAACAUUCCGUUUCCCAAAUGUCAUAGAACCCUGGACCAGUCACAUGUAUGCAACGUUGCACGAAAAAAACGUUGAACUACGUCUCACUGCAGUGAAAAUGCUCUCCAAUUUAAUCCUGCACGAAAUGAUUCGUGUGAAGGGACAAAUUUCAGAUCUAGCCAUGUGCAUCGUCGAUUCUGUGCCGGAGAUCCGAGUGAUCACAGAGCAAUUUUUCAAGGAAAUCGCCAACAAAUCAAACAUUCUGUAUAACGUUUUGCCAGAUAUCAUCUCCAGGCUGAGCGAUCCUUCGUUGGAUCUAGAAGAACAAAAGUAUCAGAUCAUCAUGCAACAUAUUAUCAGUCUCAUCAAUAAAGACAAACAGAUCGAGAGUCUGGUAGAGAAGUUGUGCCUACGGUUUCGGGUGACAAGUGAACAACGCCAGUGGCGGGAUAUAGCCUUUUGUCUUUCGCUACUUUCGUACAACGAAAAAACGAUCAAGAAACUAUCGGAAAAUAUCGGCUGCUUCAAGGACAAGGUGCAGUACGAUGAAAUCCAUUGCUCGUUCAAGACCAUCAUCAGCAACACGAACAAGCUGGCCAAACCGGAACUGAAGGCUGCGGUGGCAGAAUUUGAAAGUCGACUAGAGGAAUGUCUGGCCAUCCGGGAGGAAGGCGCCGCCCGACUGAACGAGGAUAGCGGUGCUGACAGUCAGGAACAGGGUGGUGGUACCCAUCAAUCGCAACAAGCAACAGGAAGUGGACGAGGAAAUCGAGGCCGUAAAGCGCCUGGAGGUUCCAAAGCUACUCAGAAGGCCAAAAGCGCUGCUGGUACUAGUAAAGGUGGUGGUCGGGGCAAUCGGAAAAAGGUAUCUUCCUCGGAGAGCGGUAGUGACAGUGAGGAAGAAAACAUGCCACCAUCUGCCAGUGCCCGUGCUGUGGCUCGAAUCCGGCAGACCAAAAAAGUCACCAAGAUCAUCGAGAGCGACAGUUCAGCUUCCAAUCGUAGCACUCAGCAUCAAAAACGUAGAACACGCAUGCACUAACCAUUGAUAAGAUGAGAUUGAAUAUUUUAGAAUUUAUAUGGAUAUGGAUUUGAUGUAGUUUGUAAAGCAGAUUUUAACUAGCACAUUAAAAAAACGCAAACAUAAAUGUGCCUUCGCUUAGUGCAAAUAUGAGCUUUAUUUAUCGACUGUUUUGUUUUUAUUUAUAACAGCACUUUUGAUCAGUUUUAAUAAUCAGGGCAUUAUUUGAAACAAGCUAAGUACGGUUGGAGUUGAGCACCCUUAUUCUAACCAACCAAAAAUUUUACAAAUAAGAAAUGUAACAUAAUAUGUCGAUGAUAUAUCGUUGAAGUACGCAAAUUGCACAAUGCACAAAGAUUUUAUUUUGGAAAAAGAAAUUCUACUAAAAUUUCGUUUUGAAGGAAAGCCAACUAAUUUAAAUCCUUCAACAAAAAGUUUCCAACAAGCAAACUACUCGAAAAACAGUUCCAGUUCACGUAAUAGGCUUUACUUUGGACUAAAUUGUAAGUACAAACUGAAACUUGUUGGUUUAUAGGAUUAUCUGAUUUUGUUGGAGAAAUAAUGAUCAGCAUACGUACAAUUUAUCAAAUUGGUUACUCAAUUAUCUUUGAAACAUAUCUUCGUAUGAUCUCUGCCAAGAGC